AUGCCUUUAUAUGUUUUUGAUUUUGUAUUAUGUUAACCUAGAAAUAGAUUGAUAACACUUUAAGAAAGUCUUCAUAUAUUAAGAUUUUUUGAUUGGGGAGUUAUUUCAGUAUUGUCAAUAAUUAUUAUAAUGCAUUCAUGUCUAAAGAUUACAAUGAAGAAGAAAACUUGGAAAACAUUGAAGUAAUUCAUUUCAAAAUAAAUAGAAAAUUUCUUAAAGUGAUAUAUUAUCUGUUAUUACUUCUUGUACAUAUAUUACAAGUUUUGGUUACUGUGACAUAAUCUUUUUAAUCCUAUUUGCCUGCUAUGAUAAUGGAAAAUUUUUACCUAUGUUUUUCUAUAUUUGCUAUGAUCUAUUUAUCAAUAAGAAAAUAUUGUUUUCAUCUUGAACCUUUUCAAUUUACACAUUAAAAAUUAUAAAAUGAACCAAUGAUAUUAAUUUAAGAUGAAAAGAUAAAUAAUUGGGGAUAAGAAGAGAAAUUUUUAGAUAAUGACUCAAUUAAAUUGAGUAAAAGAAUCAAAUUGAGUCCUACAUCAAGUUAAUUCAAUAGUCUUUAAAUUACUCAAAUUGGUUUUCUGGCUAAAAAAGACUGA